GUUGCAGCAAUUUUCAUGGCCGAGGAUGUCGAGGAAUUCGUUACUAGCUUAUCAGAGCUUUGGUGUAGUUUACGGGGACUUGGGUACUUCACCUCUUUAUGUUUACUCAAGCACAUUUUCUGGGAAGUUACAGAAACAUAUUAGCCAAGAUGCAAUCUUUGGUGCUUUUUCAUUGAUCUUUUGGACUCUUACUCUUAUCCCUUUGCUUAAGUAUGUCUUUGUCUUACUCAGUGCUGAUGAUAAUGGUGAAGGUGGGACCUUUGCUCUUUACUCACUGCUUUGCCGCCAUGCUAAGUUUAGUUUGCUUCCCAACCAGCAAGCAGCUGAUGAAGAGCUCACUGCCUAUAAAUAUGGUCCAUCUUCUCAGCAUGCUAGUUCCUCUCCCUUGAAGAGAUUUUUGGAGAAGCAUAAAAGGUUAAGGACUGCCCUUUUAGUUGUUGUGCUAUUUGGAGCUUGCAUGGUCAUUGGUGAUGGUGUCCUUACUCCUGCUAUCUCAGUUCUAUCUUCGGUUUCGGGGCUUGAAGUUACAGAAAAGAAAUUAACUAGUGGUGAACUUCUCUUGAUUGCUUGUUGCAUCUUGGUCGAUCUGUUUGCUCUGCAGCACUGUGGCACACAUAGAGUUUCCUUUUUAUUUGCACCUAUCGUAUUGAUCUGGUUAUUUUCCAUUUUUUCUAUUGGUCUCUACAACACAAUACAUUGGAACCCAAAAGUUGUUUAUGCUUUUUCACCCCAUUAUAUUGUCAAGUUCUUUAAGGAGACUGGUAAAGAUGGUUGGAUUUCUCUUGGUGGGAUUCUUCGUUCUAUAACUGGAACCGAAGCUAUGUUUACAGACCUUGGUCAUUUUACUGCUUUGUCAAUAAGGUCGAAUGACGACGUUGGGUUGCAUGAUGAUACUCCAUAUUUUGUUGAUUUUGGAAAUUGUGUUAAUGUCUUAAGUUCACCAAAUUUUUGCAUUUUAGGUGCUGGAUACAAUCUCCAUUUUGGUCGUGCUUUACUUGUUUCUAGACAAUUUGUGGACAUGUCUCGCAUAAGAAUAGAAGGUCUUCUUGCAGCUUUCCCAAAGUUGAUAGGCACUGGAAAACAACAUACAUAUUUUGAGAUAGAAAAUGUUCGCUAUGUUUACCAGCCAAUUGAAUCUUUGUACUUGCUACUUGUUACAAACAAACAGAGCAAUAUUCUGGAAGAUUUGGAGACACUGCGACUGCUCUCAAAGCUUCAUGUAUGUUCUAAUUUCUAUGAAAAGGGCAUGAGAGAUGUAUUAUUAGGCAAGAGCACAGAGACUGUUUCCACUUCUUUUGCUCUACUCCACUUUUGUUAA